AUGGCUUUACAAAAUCGUUGUGAAGAUGAAAGAAGAAUACCAGACGACUACUUGUCUUCGAACAUAUCAUCAUCAUCAUUAGAAAUUGUUUUAGACGAUCACUCAUUGAAUAAUUCAGGUGAUGAAGAAUCGAAUGAUCAAACCAAAAGAAAAUCAAGAGCAGGUACAACUGAUAAUGAAGAUACAACGUACCGUAGAAAAAGGCACAUUCAAUUACGAGAUCCAAAAUCUCAUCGAUUAAUUGAAAAACGUCGUCGCGAUCGUAUGAAUUCUUGUCUCAGUGAAUUAUUAGAAUUAAUACCACAUAAAAACAAUGACAGCCAACGGCGUAUUGAGAAAACGGAAAUUAUUGAAAUGGCUAUCGACCAUAUCCGCCAAUUAAUAGCAACAAUGGAAAAAAAUUCUAAGAGAACUGAAUCAAAUCUUGAUGCCUAUCAAACCGGUUAUCGAAAUGCAGUCUCCGAUGUAUUUGAAUUUCUUAAUGAAUAUACCGACUGUGAUCAACUUCUUAUUGAUCUAACAGAAUAUUUCAAAGAAAAAGAAAUCGAUUUAAAAGAGCUACAAGUUUUGCCAGAAAGAAAACGAACGAAAUAUUUAACAUUAGUAGAUAAACGAAUUAAAUCAGCCACAUUAUCCAAAGAGCAAUCGGCAAAGAUUAAUUCAUCAAAUGAAAAGGAUGAUAAAUUAUGUACCAUAUCAGCUGUCGAAGAUUAUAAACCGAAUGAUCAUCAAUCUUCAAUGCGUGAUGGACAAAUUUCAACUGAAGAAUACGACUCAACUGUCAAAGUACCCAUAUUUGUUUUGCAUCCAUCAGGUACACAUUACAUACCUAUGCGUAUUGAUGCAUCGAUCGUUUCACAUGCAUUUACGAGAAAUCCAAAUCUAUCUCGUUCAUCAUCAACAACCGAUCAGGCUCGAUGUCAUCCUGUAUCAAUACCUGUAAACUUUAAUCCAAUAGCAGCUCUCUCCGAUCCAUAUGAUAUUGAAGUACAAAAUAUAAAUGUUAUCGGUACUCGUCAUCAAACAAGUGUAAGGCCGAAUUGA